AUGCUGCCAGCAGCUGUGGACGGUGAAUAUCCGCCACCACCAUUAGUUGGUCGACCAUUCGCGCAAACCGCUAUACCGUAUUCAAUUCUUUUCGUGGUGGGAACGUUGGGAAACACUGCAGUACUCGCCUACGUAUUUUUUAUUACAAGAUCCUUAAAGUCGUCCGUGACCGCACUCGGAAACACAUUUGUUUACAUCGUCGCUUUAUGUGCCGUCGAUCUGUUGGUUACUGUAUCGAUUCCAUUUUCAUUAUCGAAUACGAUACUGAACAAUUGGGUGUUCGGUGAAGUGGGAUGCAAAUUGCACUGGGCGGUUGAGCUGUCUAAUAAGAUGUGUUCUACAUUUUUGCUAACAGCGUUAGCAUUCGACCGUUACAUGGCAAUAUGUCAUCCUGAAUACAAAAGGAUUCAUCAAAUGCGGCAAACGAUUUUCAUAACGUCGUUCUUGGCAAUUUUAUCGAUCUGUCUCAUUUUACCGGUUGUAUUCUCAGCUACUGUACGAUCCUUUACCGGUCUAGGACAGUACGUCACACAUAAGAAGGAAACGUACGAUGUCGUCAAGUACAUGUGUGUGGAUGGAAUGCGUCGUGAUGUAAAACUUCUGGUGGUCGCUUUUCUAAUUGUUUUCGCCUUUGUCUUACCGUGCUCACUACUAACAUUCUUCUACACAAAAAUUGUCCUUCGACUACGAAGACAGCAGAGGACUAUGUUGCAGUCACGGAUUCCGAUUCGUCGGAUUACAAUUUAUACGAUGGCCGUAACGUUAUUCUACUUAUCCUGUCAAGUGCCAUUUUGGUUACCGCAAAUUUACGGUAUCGUAUGCAUGGUGUUCGGCUACAAGGUCAACCCAAGCUAUAUUACAUUGACUUACUACUCUCAUCUAUUGCCUUUCGUUUCUGCAUCGUUCAAUUGGAUCUUCUAUGCUCGAUUAAACAGCCAAUUUAAAAAAGGACUCGUGUUGGUCACCGAAAGGCUAAUACGUAAAAGGACCAAGUCACUUCAACUACAAAACGGUCAAAUACGCGACCGAGAACUCGACGAUGUUGCUCUUGAUCUAAUUUCAAAGUCAGACGAUGUUAUGACGAUGUGCCCGAAUUGUGAGGCUCAGCUUACGUUCAAACCAAGCAAUGGUAAACUACUGUCUACUGCUGUGGCGACACCGUGA